AUGCACUGUAGUAAGGGUGGGCUGGGGUUCGUGUGGGAUUUGGAUGCCGCCGCCAGAAACUUUCUUCACUCUCAUGCUCCUCGCCGGCGCCGACGCCGGCCAGUGAUCUCCACCUCUUCUCCUCCCCUUCUCCCCCUCGUGCUCAACUCCUCGCCGGAGAGACCGACCCACCUUUCUUCUUCUUCCUCCUCGCGAUGCCGUCAGACAGACCCGACGCCGGCGACUCCCUUUCCUCUCUCCUUCUCCUCUGUCGCUCGACGCGUAGUGAAGGCAGGAAGCCUUCUUCUCCCUCUCUCGCUGCCACCUUCGGGCAACGCCUCGCCGGUGACGGCCACCACUCCCUUCUUCCUCCUCCUCCCGGUGACGGCCAUAUCCCCCUUCCCUCACGUGAAGUUCCUCCCGGCGACAACCACAUCCCAUCCUUUCUCCCUCCUCCUCCUCGCAACACUGCCUCCGGAGAGACUCUUCCUCCUCGCAACACUACCGCCAGAGAAGCCGCCCACCGUUCCUCCUUCCUUCGCUGCUGCUCAAGCACGGAUGUCGUGUGCUUUCGAUGUGGGUCGGACCUCCAGGCCCUCGUCGCCCGUGGACUCCGGUAUGAUCGUGCUCUAUCUUUGUUGCAUUCCGGCCUGCGAGCCGAGGUUAUGUUUUGAUCCUUGUAUCGUUGCCUUACGUGGGCACGUCCGCUGCCACCACAUUCGGCUCCGCGCCACCGCGCCAUCAGAUCUAGCUCCUCGUCCGGCGCAACCAUCCACCCUUCCAGGUCCCAACCACUCGAGCAGCGUCUCAUCCGAGAGCGCCCCCUGGGUCAGGGCUCUGCUCCCUCCACCCGCGGUGCUCUACUUCCUUCUAUUACUAUAG